AUGUCUUCUUUAGAAUCAAUAUCUUCUGAAUUAAAAGCUGUACCAAUAGCCGAUGAAAUUGAAAAUGUGGUAUUACCUUACAAAACAUGCACAAUAACUGGUGAAGGCAACGAGUUUGUUGUUAUUGGUGACCACAAAUAUUAUCGCCACGAAUUGAUGCAAGCAUUUGGAGGUACGUUCAAUCCAGGUCUUGCACCUUAUCCCAAACAUAGUUUUGGAAACCCUGCUGCUAUUGGUUUAGUUUCAACGGGAAUGAAUAUUUUAAUUUUUGGAUUAUUCUUUGCCCAUGCAAUGGGUAUUCAUAUUCCAAAUGCUGGAAUUGGGUUAUGUAUGUUUAUGGGAGGGUUGGUAGAAAUAUUAGCUGGUAUUUGGGGGUUCUUUGUUGGUUCUCAAGUAGGAACUUUUGUUUUAACUGUAUUUACUUCGUAUGGUGCAUUUUGGUUAAGCUUUGGAGCUAUCUUUAUUCCUUCAUUUGGUAUUAUACAAGCAUACGAAGAAGACCCUGAACAGUUGAAUCAUGCUAUAGGAUUAAUGUUGAUUGGGUGGGCAAUAUUUACCACCAUGUUGCUUAUGUGUGUUGUGAAGUCCACUUUAUCGUUCUUUUGGGCAUUGCUCACAUAUGACUUAACCAUUAUUCUCUUUGCAGCGGGGUUCUUAUCAGAUAAUGACAAAGUAAAAGUGGCUGGUGGGAUUAUGGGAGUCAUUAAUGCUUUUGCUGAUUGGUUUGAAGCUUUUGCUGGGGUAGCUAAUAGACAAAACUCUUACAUGGUUCCCAGAGAAAUUCCUUUACCAGAUCUCUCAGUCUGGCUUAAACGUAAAAAAGCUGUCAGCAAAACAUCAAAUUAA